GUCGUGUUGGGUUACCGAAGCUAUGUCAUGAAGUCGUGAUCGAGCCUGAUUCAUUGAAAAAUAAGCAUGCCACGUGUCGUACCUAAAGCACAACUGGAACCAGCAAUCUCUCUCUCUCUCUCUAUAGAAGCCUCGUGUCGAUUCUCAUCGCCCAGACCCAAAAUAGCGAGUUACAUAUUUAUGCAAUCCGAGCAUUCUAGGAUUUUGUGAAAUAAUUUGAUAAAGAGGAUCUUUAAUUUCAAUUUGUUUUCAACAAUGGCGAAGAAGAGAAAAUCCGAUUCGAGGCUGGAUGAGGUGGAUCGAACCAUGUACUCCUCCUUCUGUAGCGCGGCUAACUCCCUCUCUCAGCUCUACAGCCAGGCCAUGCACCACCAGAGACUCUCCUUUCAGGCCGGUGAACGCCACGCGCUGGAGAAACUAUAUAAUUGGAUGUUAAGACAAGAAGAAGAUGGGGCAAGAGUUGCGACAGGGGAUGUACUUGCAUAUAUUCAGAAUGAGCUGGAUUAUGGUUCUGAGGAGUCUCCUCAAACUGCAAUGCUGUCGACUCAAUCAGGAACACCCGUAUCUUCUAAUUCAUUUGGUCCUGCUGCAACUAUUGGACAAGGACUGCGAUCUGGUAAUUCCGAUAACCAAACGAAAAACUCCGUUUUCUCAAACGCCCUCUCCAGUCCUGUUCGUCGGACUCUUCAGCACUAUCAUCUGACUCAUGGGAGUUCCCAUACGAAUAACAUUAACGGACAAAGAAACAGUGAGAACACUUGUCACCCUGGCAGGGACCCUAAUCCACCAAGCUCUAACGACACCUCAAUGGAUAUGCAUGCAGAUAGCCCGGGCCAUGAUUCUCCGUACUGAAAUUCUAGUAGAGUUCAGAAGUCCGAGAGUCAACACACUUGUGCAGAAAAAGGUUGUGCUAACAAUGAAUGCAAUGUUUCACAGAAAACGUGUGGUCUGGAUGGAUCGU